AUGGCUUUGCGGUUGGAUGUGGCAACGAUGUCGCCGCCAGGCAUCCCUUGCGCACGCGUUUCUCGUCUUCCAGGACUUCCCGCCAGAUGGGCCCACGAGAACCCGCAGGCCAAGGCCAGAGUUUACGCCUUGAUGCCAUCUGCCAUCUUCACGGUGGCUGGUCUGGCCGGCAAGUGGAGGCUGGAGCGACAGCUCCAGAGUUUUCGCCGGAGCCGCGGGGGCGAAGCAGAGGGCGGGACCCGGCGAGAGGCCUCUUCGCCCGGCGAGGCCUCCGACGACGGCGACUUCCUGGCGGGAUUCCGGGCGGCUCUUGGCAGCAAAGAAGAAUCGCUGGAGCAGGAGCUACAAGCAGUCCGUGAGCAACUGUCCAAUGCGGAGAAGCGCAUCUCCGAGGUGGAGACGGCAAAGGAGACCCUCAUCGAUCAGCUGCAUCAAGCCCGGGAGGAGGUUGCGGGGUAG